CACCGUGCAAGGGUGACAACAAAUGAUGGCUGGAGGAGGGUCCAAAGAUUUUAGAAGAAGAGGGUCCUUUGCUCGGACCCUCAAAAGCAUAGAGCCCGAGUUUGACGACUGUCUUGAUUAUGGUGUUCAUGCCACGCACCUCAACAAAUGGGUUUUCGAAGUUGCUUGGGAAGUAGCCAAUAAAGUCGGUGGUAUCUACACAGUAAUCCGGUCCAAGGCUGGAGUAAGUGUUGAAGAACUAGGAGAAAGAUAUAUCCUCCUUGGACCAUACAAUGAGUCGUGUGUCCGGACAGAGGUUGAGAUUGUUGAGCCGUCUGUGCCUGCUUUGAGGGACACCAUAAACCAGAUGAGGGAUCAUGGAAUAAAAGUUACGUUUGGACGAUGGCUCAUUGAAGGUUAUCCUGAAGUUGUUCUCUUUGACAUUGGCUCGGCUGCAUGGAAACUUGACGAAUGGAAGAGGGAAUUAUGGGAUGCGUGCCAUGUCGGACUCCCCUGGCACGAUCGAGAAGCUAAUGAUGCCAUUAUAUUCGGAGCUUUGGUGGCAUGGUUUUUAGAAGAGUUCCGGAAGAACAGUAUAGGAGAACCUCUCAUCAUCGGUCACUUCCAUGAAUGGUUGGCCGGAGUAGGUUUGAUCCUGUGCAGGAUGAGACAUCUAGAUAUAUCGACAGUUUUUACGACGCACGCAACACUCUUAGGACGAUAUCUCUGUGCUGGGAGUGUGGAUUUCUACAAUAAUUUAGCUAAUUUCAAUGUAGACAAGGAAGCUGGCGACCGUGGUAUCUAUCAUCGCUACUGCAUGGAACGCGCAGCUGUGCACUGUGCCCACGUCUUCACCACCGUGUCACAGAUAACGGGUUUGGAAGCGGAGCACUUAUUGAAGAGAAAACCUGAUAUCAUAACGCCCAAUGGUCUGAACGUCAUCAAAUUUAGCGCCCUGCAUGAGUUCCAGAAUCUACACGCUAAGUCCAAGGAAAAGAUCCAUGACUUUGUUCGUGGUCAUUUCCACGGUCAUUAUGAUUUCGACCUUGACAAGACGUUGUAUUUCUUCAUUGCCGGACGUUAUGAGUUUUCUAAUAAAGGUGCUGAUGUCUUCAUUGAGGCCUUGGCAAGGCUUAACCAUUACUUAAAGUCCUCUGGUAGUGAAAUGACCGUAGUGGCAUUCUUGAUCUUCCCCGCCCGAACAAACAACUUCAAUGUGGAAUCAUUGAGAGGUCAGGCCAUUGCUAAACAGCUGAAGGAUACAGUUGCUCAGGUCCAGGGAACUUUAGGAAGGAGAAUAUUCGAAAUAUGUCUCAGGGGUCAUAUCCCAUCUGGUGCGGAAAUUCUAGUCCAAGAUGAUAUCGUCAAGCUGAAGAGGUGUAUCUUUGCGGCACAGAGACAUAGCAUGCCCCCUGUAUGCACUCACAAUGUCUGCGAUGACGGCAAGGAUCCCGUUUUGAAUGCUAUACGACGGUGCCAGUUGUUUAACAAUAGCAUCGACCGUGUGAAGAUCAUCUUCCAUCCUGAGUUUCUCAACUCCACUAACCCACUUUUCGGACUGGAUUAUGAAGAUUUCGUACGAGGAUGUCAUCUAGGAGUGUUUCCCUCUUACUAUGAGCCUUGGGGUUACACACCAGCUGAAUGUACCGUUAUGGGUAUCCCGAGCAUUUCAACCAAUCUGUCCGGAUUUGGUUGCUUCAUGGCCGAGCACAUUGCCGACCCGAUGUCGUAUGGUAUCUACAUCGUAGACAGACGAUACAAGUCUCCGGAAGAGUCAGUUCAGCAGCUUGCACAGUACAUGUUUGACUUUACGUGCUUAUCAAGGCGACAACGAAUCAUCCAGAGGAAUCGGACAGAGCGGCUCAGUGAGUUGCUCGACUGGAAAAAUCUAGGAAUUUACUACAGAAAGGCUCGUCAGCAAGCUCUCGUCAAGGUGCAUCCGGAACUGUUUUCUGAUGACUCACCAGCGGAGGAGGAAGAUAAACCUAUUAACGUAAAUGUGUCUGAAAAACCUAAGGGCAUGAUGUUCCGCUACCCUAAGCCAGCAUCAGAGCCGCCUUCUCCGUCAAUCUCCCGCGCAUCUACGCCAGCACCUUCUGAGCACGGGGAUGACGAGGAUGAGGAGAUCGACUCGGAGCAGGAGGAGGAGGAACUGAGAGAGCUGGAGAUCAAGAGUCAGGAUAGCGUAACAAGUGGCGCGAGCAGUCACUGAUAGUGGCGAGUCACAGGACUGUUCGGAAUUAUUCACAGGGUGUUAUAAUCGCAGUGAGCAGUCAUUUGAAUUGCUCGUUUAUGGAAAGCAAUCAUCUUGUGCUUUUGAAAAGAUUUUCAAACAUUUUCAAAAGUGUGGAGUAGCUGUUUAUUUCCAGCACCCUCAGCGCAGGAAUGCUGUACAAUGACUGGGGGCCAGCUUUCAAAUAACUGGAGCUUCAUCUUCUCCUGUGAAACAUGCUCUUAAUUCAACAUCUGCAUAGUUGAGUAGUAAGUUAAUCUAGUAGAUAUAUUUAACCUACAAAUUUAUUACACUUGUUGAAACUUGAUGAAAAGUACAGGAAUGUCAUUUAUUUACGCUAACUCUUUUCCCCUAUAAUUGUUAACAUUUAGCUAAAUUAUUGAUUAAUCAAGACAACGAUAUAAUGUAUGCCACACAUCUGCUCAUGGUCUUGUUGAUGUCCCUGCUCUGUCUAUUGGUGUGGUGUGGUGGUGGUCCGAUUCAGGGAGAUAUCACAAAUUCUCUAUGUACAUUGUAUGUAAAAUGUGGCACAUUUUGGGUAUUCGGCUACGUGCUGGUAUACCCCAAUCAAGCUAUCUCCGUCAAAGACACUACUCAAGCUGUGCUGUGGUAACUCCUGGCUUAGGCGAAUCAAGGCAUUUUGGUGAAGUGUUGUAGACCAGUUAAUAGUCGACAACUUGCAUAACAGGAUCUUUGUCUGACUGUUGACUGCAUGGUAUAUUAAGGAUAAGUUUGUUCAUGAUAUGUACUGCAUGUCGUGGGCUGAGUGCAAAACUGUUGUAUCUACACUUCCUUAGGUUUUGAGGAAAAUGACUUCAAAGAUUUGAACUUCAUCAGCAGUCAUCAGCCUCGUUUGUUUUGAGGAAGCCAUUUUGAAUGCAGAUACAAUGUUUUUGCACUCGUGUUUUCCUGUAAUCUGCAGAUACAAUAGUAUUACAUUAGUAGUUUAGGGGCGUAUGAUAGAAGGCAGCACUAAUCAACACAAUAAUAUUGUGGAUAUGAUGUUUUUGCAUAAAUUUCUGGGGCUAACUCAUUUUUUUCAAAUUUGUCAGUUACAACAGUUUUGCGCUCAGCCCACGAUGUGUAAGACAAUAUUACUAAUGAAGUUGUUCAUAGAGUGUAGAUAUAUUUGUGCGGCAGCUACUUCCAUUGUGCUACUUGUGUUAUUGAGUACCGAUGUGCUGUUCACAUUAACUUACCGUGCUUGAUGGGUGCACACACCAUCAAACGAUGUGUAUUUUGUGUAAUUGAGAGGCGAUUUCACAGAUAAGGAAUGUGCAGUAGAUUAAUAAUUAAUAAAUGAAUAUGAGC